CUCAACAAAGAUAAGCUUUUAAAUGCUGAAUGCGGAAAUACUCGUAAAUGCUUGCUUUUAAAAGUAACUGUUUGUGUUAUGGCACAAGCUUAUCAGAAUUACAUAUAUUUCAGACACCUGCGUGUCUCACUUAGAUCGAGGUCUCAAAUUUCAAUUCAGGAUGGAUUACAAUCUGACGGUGGAAGCUUCUUAUCCUACGCCAUAUGCGGCUUCCCAGCUUCUUUCCUUAAUCCUAUUGUCUAUGGCUGGACAGAGGCAUGCUCCUAAAACGACAACUGAAAUAAAAAGCAACUACGACUACAUCAUAGUGGGUGGUGGUUCAGCCGGAUCGGUGUUGGCGGCCCGUUUAUCUGAGAAACCUUGCGUGACGGUACUACUGCUGGAGGCUGGUAAAUCUCCGCCAAAAGUGUCCGAUAUCCCUGCUGUAGCCAGAAGUUUCAUCAAGUCGGACAUUGACUGGUUCUACAGCACCGCUCCACAAGAACAUACAGGGGCUGGACUCAUAAACCGGGCAGUUGCAUGGCCCAGUGGCAAGACUCUGGGAGGUUCCAGUGUCAUAAACGCCAUGUUGAAUGUGAGAGGCAACAAGAAGAAUUUCGAUGACUGGGCUGCCCAAGGUGCGAGAGGCUGGAGUUACGAAGAAGUGCUUCCUUACUUCAAGAAGUUAGAAGACAAUGCUAAUCCGGAAUACGUGAAAAAUGGUUACCAUGGUGUUGGAGGCCCUGUCACUGUUUCACGUCCUGAAUAUCAUGCCAAACUGAAAGCAGCUGCGUUCAAAGCUGCGAGAAAUAUGGGUUAUGAAGUUCUGGAUUCUAACGGGCCCACACAAACAGGUUUCUAUGAUUUGCAAGCAACCAUUCGUAGAGGCCAGCGUUGCAGUACCGCAAAGGCCUAUUUAGUGCCAAGCGAUCACAGAGAAAAUCUCGAUAUUGUCGCCGAAGCCUUUGUGAAGAAGAUAAUUAUCGAUAAUCACCAAGCCCAGGGUGUCAUAUUCGAUUUUGAAGGCAAGGAACGCGAAGUGAGGGCUUUCAAGGAAGUCAUUCUCUCCGCUGGAACUGUGAAUUCUGCCCAGCUACUGAUGCUGUCCGGUAUUGGUCCUCAAGAAGAACUUGAAAAAUUUAACAUACCACUAGUGGCAGAUUUACCUGUCGGCCGUAAUUUACAAGAUCAUUGGGCCACUGUGUUACCAUAUGAAAUGAAUGAUAAACCAUUUGAGGAGAAGCAAAAGGACCAGUCAAGCAUUUGGGAUUAUAUACUCUCAAAAACAGGACCGCUCACCUCGGUUCAAGGUGUAAAUAAUAUAGCUUUCUUGGACAAGGAUGGGCCUAAAGCUCCUGGAGAUUAUCCUGAUUAUCAGCUGUAUAUCUGGGAAGCAGCCGUAGGUCCAGCAAAAACUCAACAAAACAUCAAACCAGAGUACUAUGAAGCCAUCUAUGGACCGUACGAGAACUCUUCUUUCUACUGGUGUGCCUCUCAGAUCUUGCAUCCAAAAGGAAGAGGAACAGUUACUCUCAAGUCUUCAGAUCCUUACGAUCCCCCGGUGAUUGAUCCCAAAUACUUCUCAGAUCCAGAAGAUAUGGAUAUUGUCAUCAAAGGUAUGAAGAAAUGCAAUGAAAUUGCAACUAGUGAGCCACUGAAGAAGAUUGGUUCCAAGCCUUUCUCUACAGUCGUUCCUGGAUGUGAAGAUUAUGUAAACGAUGAUGAUAAAUAUUUCCGCUGCAUCGCCGAAUCAAUUGUCGUCACACUCAAUCACCAAGUAGGAACAGCUAAAAUGGGUAAUCCGAAAGAUACAUCAACAGUAGUAGAUCCAGAAUUGCGGUAAGUAC